AUGGAGGCGUCAGAGUCUGCCUUGUCUGGAGGAGAUAGAAGCGGUCUUUUGCUUCCCUCUUCAUUAGAACAUGUCCGAAUCACCUCUCUUCCUCAGACGGCAUACUACAUACCCAACUUCAUUACCGAAGAAGAAGAGCAGAUAAUCCUAGAUAAAAUAUCCAGUGCGCCUAAGCCGAGAUGGAAACAGUUGACAAAACGACGUCUUCAGACGUGGCCUUCAGACCUUGUCAACAACAAACUACUCGAUGCUCCUCUUCCUACAUGGCUUCAGGAUCCUGUCAUAUCUCGAUUGUCUUCGCUUCCGGUCAAAGAAUCAGAAGCUGGUCAUAUAUUCUGCGACAGUCCACAUCAAAAGCCAAAUCAUGUCCUCAUUAACGAAUAUCCACCCGGCAUUGGCAUCAUGCCGCACAAGUUGAGUACACAGCAAGUGGAUGGUGCCGCCAAGGACGAUGGCGCCCUUGACCCCGUGCCUGCUUGGAGAAUCCUUCAGGAACCUCGCAGUCUGCUCAUUACGACUGACCAACUGUAUACCCACUACCUUCACGGUAUUGCCGACAUCGAAGAAGAUGUCGACCUCAAUCCCAAUACUAUUGCUAACUGGGACUUGCUUCAUUCGCCCGAUGCAUACGCCAACGGCACACAUGUUCGUAAAAUCCGCACGAGUCUGACGUAUCGAGACGUUAUUCAGGUGUCGAAAAUCGCAAACAAACUCGGCAUGUUCUUGAAUCGUUGA